AUGUUUAGACCGGCAUCGCGAUCUUGUUUUCGAAUAGCAUUCUCCACUCCCAAACCUGUCCGGUUUGCCCAAGCAAACCGAUUCAUAAACACCGACUCCGCGUCGCCAUCGCGUAAGCCUUCAAGCUGGAAGGGCACAGCAUUGAGAUGGGCCCUUGCUGCUGGUGUGGUCUAUUAUUAUAACACAAGCACCGUCUUCGCGGAGGAACCUGGCUUUUCAUUCCAACCUCCUACUUUCACUUCUAAUGAGAGUGAAGAUGACACGUCUCUACCAACCCUCGACUCCAUAACGGCAGCGAAGAGAGCAAAAGCCACAUCGAAACCUCCCUCGACGCCCCCCAAGUCAGAAACUACAACCCCUCCGCCUCCCUCUUCCACAGAAAAGCCAGACCUUGCCCCCACUACAGAGAUAGAGACUUCGCCGUCAGAAGCUCAAUCAAGACUUUUAACACCGGGGGAACUUGAAGAGGAAGCCGAUAGCGAAGGCGCCUUUAACCCCGAGACGGGAGAGAUCAAUUGGGAUUGCCCAUGUCUAGGGGGCAUGGCGCAUGGCCCAUGCGGAGAGGAAUUUAGAGCUGCAUUCAGCUGUUUUGUUUAUUCGACGGAGGAACCUAAGGGGAUGGAUUGCAUUGAUAAAUUCGAGGGUAUGCAAAACUGCUUCCGCCAGCAUCCCGAGAUCUACCCCACCGAAACAGAAGAAGAAGAAGUCGAUGCCCAAUUAUCUGAAGGGUCCGCACAAUCUUCCAAUACAGAGACACCACCGGAGACAAAAGCGCCCGACUCCACACGCGACCUACAAGAAAAACAUGCAGAAAGCCCUGCUGUCGCGAUAUCGUCGACGGAAAAAAACCCAAAAGUAGAGUCGAAAACGUCAACAACAUUAUAG